UAAUUCAGUAAUUGUAAUUGUAAUUAUAAUUGAAAUUGAAAUUUCUAUUCCUGUUCCUCUCUUCCACCUGUCUUUCAAAAACUCUUGUUCCACAAACACAAAACACAUCUCAAUCUCUGUGUUCCAAAUUCUCAUUUUUUUUCCAGCUGAAAACAAAGUUCCACAGAUUGUAUUUCGAUCCAUGGCAUCAAGACGGCGCAUGUUGUUAAAGGUCAUAAUCCUUGGAGAUAGCGGGGUUGGCAAAACAUCAUUGAUGAAUCAGUAUGUGAAUCGAAAGUUUAGUAAUCAGUAUAAGGCUACCAUUGGUGCGGAUUUUCUAACCAAGGAAGUUCAGUUUGAAGAUAGGUUGUUCACAUUGCAGAUUUGGGACACUGCUGGUCAAGAGCGCUUUCAGAGUCUCGGUGUGGCUUUCUAUCGGGGUGCAGACUGUUGUGUCCUUGUAUAUGAUGUAAAUGUCAUGAAAUCUUUUGAGAACCUUAAUCACUGGCGAGAAGAGUUUCUUAUUCAGGCUAGUCCAUCUGAUCCUGAAAACUUCCCAUUUGUUGUCUUGGGGAACAAAAUAGAUGUCGAUGGUGGAAACAGCCGAGUUAUCUCUGAGAAGAAAGCAAAGGCAUGGUGUGCUUCCAAGGGAAACAUUCCGUACUUCGAGACCUCUGCAAAAGAAGGAUUUAAUGUUGAAGCUGCUUUCCAGUGUAUAGCCAAGAAUGCACUCAAGAACGAACCUGAAGAAGAAAUGUACCUCCCUGACUCGAUCGAUGUUGGUGGUGGUGGUCGACAGCAGAGAUCCACAGGCUGUGAAUGUUAAGAGUAGAAUGUUCAAUCUGGAUCAGCUUUGCUUGGUGCCAUAGUACAAGACAUUGACAAAUUCAUUAUUAGUCAGCUAAAACAACAUUAGCAAUGUAAAACCAGGAACAAAUUCUCUGUCAUGUAUACUGAAUAUUAUUUGUGUAUUGUUGAGUUAUCAUAUUGAAGUGAAAUAUUUUAAUUUUGAUGUAA